GGAAGCCAGCUAUGUUAUUAUAUAUCUUUUUCAUUUAAAGACAAAAUUUCCUUGAAUGCAGAGUAAUAAUUGAACACCGUGACAAUGAUGUUAUUCAUAGAAAUUAAAGAAACAAGUUACUUUCGACGGAGGUAAAGGGUACGAAAAAGAGGAGGAGGAGGAAGAGGAGAAGAAGAAGAAGAAAUGUUGCCGGUGUCAUUGCUGCCAUUGCCGGUGCUUCAUAUCAUCAUCACUAUGUUAUUGUUAACCACUACGGUUCUUGCAAGAUCAGAGUCACAGAGUACGAUUGGAAAGCCUGGUUGUAAAACUCAUUGCGGAGAAGUGAGAAUCCCGUACCCUUUUGGAAUAGGACCGGGAUGUUACUUCGACGAAUGGUAUCAAAUUGACUGCCUAAAUUUAACAAGGAACUUAGAAAUACCACAUCUGAGAAAGACAGAUUUGAAGUUGGUAGAAAAUAUUUCUAUAGAGGAUCGCACUCUCAAGGUUAUACAGCCUAUUACGUUUAUGAAUUGCCCAACAAAGCAGAGUGAAACGGCAAACUUGACAGGAAGCCCUUUCGUAUUUUCACAAAAAAGGAACAAAUUUACAGCAGUGAAUUGCGGUAUGCUCUCGUUCAUGAGGUCGGCUACUGAAUCGCAGAAAACCGACCUUACUGCUUGCAUGUCGAUUUGUGAUAAAAAUACUUCAGAUAGUAGCUGCAAUGGUAUGAAUUGUUGCCAGAUCACCAUACCAUCAAAUCUCAAAAUCUUUGUUAUAGAAUUUGGUACCUUUAACAGAAGAGCUAGCUGCGAGUACUAUGCUUUUUUGGUAGACCAGCAAUGGUUCGAGUCCCGUUCGAAGAGAUAUGAUCAUAUCAUCGCUCGUGACAAGACGGACUCUGUUCCUGUUGUGCUUGAAUGGAACUUAUUGUAUAAUCAUUCGACAGUAAAAGAAUUUCAAAUGGGUAUUUCCGAUAAAGUUCAUUCCUACUGCCAAUUGGAUAAUACUACCCCUUCAAUAUUCAAUCAGUCGAUGAUUCAGUGCUUCUGCAAAAAGGGUUUUGAAGGGAAUCCUUAUCUUCAUGAUGGAUGCAAAGAUAUUAAUGAAUGUGAGAAAUUUCCUCCCGUUUGCAAGGAUGACAUUUGUAACAACUAUCUUGGGGGAUAUUCAUGCAGCAAGAAAGCGUGGAAAAAGCCAACCACCAAGAGUGCGCUUCAGGCUGUUCAGGGUACCAGUAUCAGUUCAGGACUUCUACUAUUAUUCUUCUGUUUAUGGUUUUUAUACAAAAUCAUAAAGAAAAGAAGGAAAAUCAAACGCAAGCAAAAGCUCUUCAGAAGAAACGGUGGUUUAUUAUUACAACAACAAUUAUGUUCAAGUGAAGUCAACGUUGAGACAAUCAAGGUGUUCAAUUCGAAAGAGCUAGAGAAAGCUACCGAUCGUUUUCACAAAGAUAGAAUUCUUGGUCAUGGAGGUCAAGGUACAGUUUACAAAGGAAUGUUAACUGAUGGAAGAGUUGUCGCCGUUAAAAAAUCCAAAAUAGUCGAUGAAAGCAAACUAGCACAAUUCAUCAAUGAGGUUAUCAUUCUUUCACAAGUUAACCACAGAAAUGUUGUUAAAUUGCUAGGGUGUUGUUUAGAGACCGAAGUUCCUCUUCUAGUUUACGAAUUCAUACCCAAUGGUACACUUUCCAAAUAUAUCCAUGACCAAAACGAGGAGCUUCCUCUCACUUGGGAAAUGCGGCUACGAAUUGCCACAGAAAUUGCAGGAGCUCUUUCUUACUUGCAUUAUGCUGCUUCCUUCCCCAUUUACCACCGCGACAUAAAGUCUUCCAACAUCCUCUUAGAUGAAAAAUACAGAGCGAAAAUUGCAGAUUUUGGGACUUCAAGGUCAGUUUCCAUUGACCAAACUCAUCUCACAACAUUAGUACAUGGCACAUUAGGUUACUUGGAUCCGGAAUACUUCCAAUCUAGCCAGUUUACGGAGAAGAGUGAUGUUUAUAGCUUCGGAGUGGUUCUUGUUGAGCUAUUGACCGGACAAAGAGCAAUUUCUAUAAGGAGGUCGGAAGAAGCAGGAAAAAGUCUGGCAACUUAUUUCAUUCUCUCGAUGCAGCAAAACCGUCUCUUUGAUGUUCUUGAUCCUCAUGUUUUGAAGGGUAAGAAAGCAGAUAUCAUGGUAUUUGCUAACCUUGCCAUGAGAUGUUUGAACCUGAAUGGAAGGAAACGACCUACCAUGAAAGAAGUCACAGCGGAGUUGGAGAGAAUUCAAAUGUCAGAGAAAAAAAAUUUUAAUGUUCCACAAGAUUCUGAAGAGGUUGAAGACUUGAGAACACAAGAUUUUGAGCCUUGGGAAGUUGUUUCCUUGUCAACUGGUCCAGCUUCGCAUACUGGUCUGGCUUCAUCCUCGCAUGAACUGCCGCUGUUAUCUUUCACAUCAUUAUGAAUUUUUUAACUGUGAUAAUAAUAUACUAAGUAUAUGUAUUAUUUUUUAUUAUGUACCUUUUUUUCUUUUAUUACAAUGGUUAAUUUCAGGAGAUUCACUUA